AGUCAUAAAGUGAGAUACUGAGAUACGAUUUGUUCAAAUUAAAACGAAAUGAACGAUGUAACAAAAGAAAAGAACCGGAAUGUUAAAAUUCAGCCAUUUACGUGCGCCAUAAUAGGUUAAGAAUUUUCAUUUCCUUUUAAACUACUGUGGUUAGAGGUUUGAAGGCAAUAAAUUAUUUUUUGUUAUGGAAGCUAGAGGGAGAGGCCGAGCAAGAGGACGGGCUCGAGGAGCACAACAGCAAGUGCCUGGUGGUUCUCAAGGACCAGGACCGGGAAGUCUAGGCCUCCCUCAGCAAAUGGUUCAACCAGGUAGAGAUCCUUGGAAUAGACCCACAAGGCCUCAGCAAGCAACUGCUCCUGUUCAACAUCAAACCCCAACUCAAUGGGUUAGACCUCAGAUGCCAGCACCAGCUUCAUCUGCUGGUAGAGGAUCACGUUUAGGAGGUCCAGAUACCGUAGAAGUCUCAGGAGCAGCAGAGUACACAGGCAGUGUUCAAGUCCCUCAAGGUGGUGGAGAUUAUGGUGCACAGAGUAGAGGAGGAGGUAAUGGAGGUGUUCGUGGAAGAAAUCUCCGUAAUGAAAUAAUAUUCACCAGGCCUCAAGCACUUCAGACUAAACAAGGUUCAACAGGGAAGCCUAUUCAACUGAUUUCAAAUUAUUUCAAAUUAAUCCAAGCUGGUAAAUGGUGUUUAUUACAAUAUAGGGUCGAUUUUAAUCCAGAUGUGGACCAUACUGGUAUGAGAAAAAAAUUUCUGAAACAAGCACUGCAAGGUGUAUUGCAGGGGUAUCUAUUUGAUGGUACAGUUUUAUAUGCCAGUCAGAGAAUAAAUCCCGAACCAUUGGAAAAAUUUGUUGAAAGUGAAUCUGGUGAAAAUAUAAGAAUUACCGUUCGACUAGUUGGGGAUGUUGCUUGGGGAGAUUAUCACUAUAUUCAAAUAUUCAACAUUAUCAUAAGAAAUUGUCUAAAACAUAUGAAGUUGCAACUAAUUCAAAGAGACUAUUUCGAUCCGUUUGGCAAGGUAGCUAUACCAGAAUUCAGAUUAGAACUGUGGCCUGGCUAUUUUACUUCAAUGAGACAGCAUGAAGCUGAUAUUUUAAUGAACUGCGAAUUAAUAUUCAAAUUUAUGAGAACUGAUAAUGUCUAUGAUAUGCAUCUCGAAUGCAAGAAUAGUAUCAAUUAUAAAAAUGAAUUCCAAUCCAGAAUUAUUGGAAAUGUCGUGUUGACAUAUUAUAACAACAAAACUUACAAGGUGGAUGAUAUUGACUUUAGCCGAACUCCUGAAAGUACAUUCAGCAGGAAAGAUGGAUCUCAAAUGACGUUCAUACAGUAUUAUCAAGAAAAAUAUAAUAUUCGAAUUCAGAUUACCGAUCAACCAUUGUUGGUAUCUCGAAGUAAACCAAGAGAAAUUCGUGCUGGUAUGCCUGAACUUAUACUAUUGAUUCCAGAACUUUGUCAGUUGACAGGUUUAACAGAUCGUCAACGUGAAAAUUUCCAAUUGAUGAGAGCUUUAUCUGACCAUACACGCGUAGGUCCUUCUCAGAGAAUGCAAAAAUUGGAAGAAUUUAGUAAUAGAUUAAGGCAGUGUCCCGAGGCAGUUUCAGAGUUGAGAAAAUGGGAUUUCAAAUUGACUGAUAGGUUAAUUAAUUUCCAAGGAAGAAUACUGCCACAAGAACAGAUUUUAGGAGGUAACAAUGCCAAAUACUCUUCAGGUCCUCAAGCAGACUGGACUAGAGAAUUGCGUUCAUUGCCAAUGUUUUAUGGAGCAAAAAUGUCCAAGUUUGCAGUAGUUUGCCCUGUUAAAUUCAAGAAUUCGUGUCAAGAUUUUUUACAAUGUUUACAGAGAUCUGCGAAAGGUAUGCAAUGGAACAUGUCGCAACCUCGUAUAUUUGACAUUCCAGAUGAUAGAGCUAACUCUUACUUAGACACAAUUGAACAUUUAAUAAGCAAAAACAAUCCAGAUAUGAUAAUGUGCGUUGUGCCUAAUAAUUCGUCUGACCGAUAUUCCGCCAUCAAAAAGAAAUGUUGUGUCGACAGGGGCGUACCGACACAAGUGAUAUUAGCAAAAAACUUGACUUCCAAAGGAGUAAUGUCUAUUGCAACUAAAGUUGCAAUCCAGCUUAAUUGUAAGGUUGGUGGUGCCCCAUGGAGCGUAUUAAUGCCAUUAUCAAAUCUCAUGGUUGUCGGUUAUGAUGUAUGUCGAGAUACAUCUAACAAAGGAAAAAGUUUUGCAGCGAUGGUCGCCUCGCUCGAUAAACAAAUUACUAGGUAUUUCAAUCUAACGUCGGAACAUCAGUUGGAGGAAGAACUGUCUGAAAACUUUGGAGCUUUCCUCAUACUAGCAUGUCAUCGAUACAAAGAGAUAAAUGGCCGAUUUCCUGAUAGAAUUUUGAUAUAUAGAGAUGCAGUUGGAGAUGGGCAACUACCAUAUGUUAUUGAAACUGAAGUGGAAAACAUCAAACGGAAGUUGACGCAAGAAAUUUAUAAAAACGGAGAUUUAAAAAUGGCAUUUAUCGUCGUAUCAAAGAGAAUUAACACCAGAAUAUUUACGGACAGAGGAGAAAAUCCCCCGCCGGGCACCGUAGUAGAUGAUGUUAUCACGCUACCGGAAAGAUAUGAUUUCUUCAUUGUAAGCCAAUGUGUCAGACAAGGAACCGUCUCUCCUACAAGUUAUAACGUAAUCUCAGAUAGCAUGGGGCUGUCGCCAGAUAAACUCCAAAUCCUUACAUAUAAAUUAUGCCAUAUGUAUUAUAAUUGGAGUGGAACUGUUAGGGUACCUGCACCUUGCCAGUACGCUCAUAAACUAGCAGCAUUAACUGCCCAAAGCUUGCAUAGAACAGCAAACAGAACACUUGAAAACAUUCUUUAUUACCUGUAAGCCUAUGCUUUACUUUAUUUGAGCAAAUCUCAGAAUUUUGUCUUUUUUUUGUUUGUUUAGUAUUAUUUUGAAAAUAGUUUCAAGUUUUCUAUAUUAGAAUAAAUUCUUUUUUGAAUUCUUAAGAAUCGUUAUUUUGUACUUUAGGGAUAAUCUUUUAAUUUACAAAUAAAUAGUGUCGAGGACAUUUGUAUAAUAACGAUAACACAUAAAACGGAGUGAGGUGGAAAUAAGGAGAAAGCAACUGUUUAAAAAUUUCAGUUUUGAAUAUUCUCACUUUAAUUUGUUACACUUUUGAAUCUCGAGCUAUUUUUUGAAAUGAUAAUAUUUGGAUAUGCAAAACAAAUCCUCACAUCAAAAUUCUCUCUCUGGUCUUUUGAUUGUUGACUACUUGAGACUAAAGAUUCAUCGACUAGCAAAAUAGUUUAUCUCUCUGGUUUUGUAUCAUAAUAGCAAUUUUAUUUUUGAGAAAUAUUUGUGCGUAUUCUUAUGUUUGAAAAUAUUCUUAUACAGCUUUCUCCAAUUCCAAUAUCGAUAUUAUACAACUCGUAAACUGCUUAUUUAGAGGCUUAGCAGAUAAUAACUACUUUCGUUUAUUAGAAAUGUGAUUCACAUUUUUAUCAAUAGGGUUUAGAUUUGAUGAUGUUCAUCAAUAUCAAGGAAAAGUAAACUGUCGAAUUAAUCCUUUCAGAAUAUUUCUUCCCCAGAGGGAUACUGUCAUAAGCACCUUCGUAUUGUUUGUAGACAAAAAUGAACAGCCUUGCUCCAAACAAUAGAAUGUCCUUCAGCAGGAACAUUAUAUAAAUCAUAAAAAAACGUUAAUCAUAUUUUUUAUAGAAAUAUAUAUUUUAAACAAAACUUGAGACAAAUUCUUCAUCAAAAAACUUUCUUCAUUAAUCACUAAUGAACUUUAGUUGGUAUCAAGUAUCUGAGUAAUACUUUUGCCUCUGAGAUUUUCUUUUCUUCUCCAUUCCUACAAAAGGCCUAUGUCACUUGAUCUUCUUUCACGAUGAUUUUCAAACAUCAUUAGAAGCUGUGUAAUGCUUUUUAAAGUGUUAGACGAUGUAUCAUCUUUCUCCGACGAAACAGCAAGUACCUUGCAAAAAAUUAAUGCUUUCCCCAUGUUUUCAUUUUGAAAUUUUGUUCCUGAGCUUGAAAUUCGCAAGGUUCCUAUUUAAAAUAGUGAUAAUUGUUUUUGGUAUAAUACCGUAUUCAUUAAGUGUAAAAGAAGUGCUUCCUCCUUUCAAUUUUAUUUGUUUAUCAUUAUGAAAAUUGGGGUUAAUUUUUACUACACUCACAGCCAAAAUUGAAAAAGACAGUGGAUGCUGAAGUUAGAUCAUUUAUUCUGUCAUCAUCUGCAUGACAUCUCCUGUGGCACUGCUAUGUUUAUAGUCUGGUCUUAUUUUAUUAGUUCUACACUGUUAUAUCAACAAGUUGUAAAUAGUAGCACUUUUUGCCCUGCUAUAUAUUUUUAUAACUGAAUUCUUGGGUUUAUUCUUUAUAUAUUGUUCACCAACACAUAAAUUUUCCCCACGGUAGGUUGAAACACCUAAUAUUAUCAUAUAUGUCCCGGAUUUUCCAUAUUACCCAUAUUAUUUUUUAAACGACUAAUUAAAUUUACUUAGCUUCGCUUCUUAAUUUCACCAAAUUCGUCCGUCAGAAUCGAGGCAUAUCUUUUCAUGUCGACCAUUUGAUGUUUGUCUUUAAAAAUAUAGAAAAAGUUUUGGAUGGUGACAUUUCAAUAUAGCAGUCCAACAAAGGAGGUUCAUACCCUUCAAUAUAUCUUGUUUCAAACACAUUAUUUGUUCAUAUUAUUUAACUUAGUUUCUUCUGUUAAGCUACAUUCUUUUAUUUCUUGUUUUGAGUAUAACCUAACAAGUCUGGUUUAUUUGAUACUUAUUGGCUACUUAUUUUAUCCUCCAUUAUCUAUAUUUUGGUAAUAUGUAUGUAUAUAUAGAUUUGGGGUAUCGUAUACACUGCGACCCAAAGGAUCUAUUGAGUCCCCAUUUUAAAAAGUCUAGAAUGUGGGAUGGUUUCCUCUUAUUUUAUUUCUUGGUAAUAAUUUUUUACAAUAAUUCUUGUAUGAAGAACAAAAACUCUACAAGCCGAUUAUUUUUCUGUACGGUUCAAUGGAAUGUAAUUUAUAUCCUCAUUUUUUGUGCCGGCAGCAAGAACUAACCCGGCAACUGCUGUCGGGUUAGUCCUCCAGUCCUCGCUUUGAAACUAUCUAAAAUUAUUCAUUUGAACCUACAGAAAAAUAUGUUUCUGGGGGGGGGGCAGAUAUAUCGAGGGUGACUUUUUGAUAGUGGAACUGAAAGAGUUAAAAGAAACAUCAUUAUGGAAAGCUAUGUUUGCUAUGCAAAUAUCACUAAAAAACGAAUGUUGAUAUGACGAAGAAUUGUUUUUGUUUUCAAUUUUACUAUAAAAUGUUUUGAUGAAAACUAAAGAUGUGUUACUAUUAUAUAAUAGUUGAAUAAAUUUUAUUUUUAUAAGUUUUUCAAAUAAAUGUAUAAAAACUGUAA